CAUCUACGACCGCCAACAUUUCCAGCGAUAUAGCGAUCGAUAACAAGGCAAAAGAUUGCCACUAGUGUACAAUGUGUUAUAGGAAAUUUGUUCAGGCUUCAGGUUUGUUGCGCCACAUGGAAAAUGAUGAAAUGGAUCGUAUACCAUCAAAACCACCAUCAGGAGGGAAAUCGACUUUAGUUUCAAAUUUCAAUACUAUUGUCAAUAUGCGAGUAGUCAUUAAAUGCACACUAUAUGGUCGCGUAUUUUUUGAGCUCAAAAGUGCAUUUAGUCAUAUAAGUGUGCAUUUUACUGAUUCCCCAGAAAAUGAAAUUGAAAUGGACAAUUAUGGAAACUUUCCCUAUGAAAUAUACUUAGACGAUGCCUUGGAUCUACUGCGGAAAGAGUCCAAUGGCGUGGAAACACAUCAAACUAAUGUCCAGAACCAAACACAAAGUUUCAACUAUGCAGCCGAUGCAAACACUAAGGAUUUGUUUAAAAUCCUCAUUCUCCCUUGUGUAUUACAGUGUGAAUUUUGUGAUUAGGUAUUCUCCGAUGUGGCCCAUCUAUUGUUACAUUCAGCAUUUCAUUUGCCCGAAAGGCCGUUCGAAUGUUUCUCAUGCGAAAUGUACACAAGGACAGCAAAGGGCAUUCGCCAACAUAAGCAGACAGAAUGUGUUUUUAUGCGGGAGAACAUCAAAGAAAAUCAAGUGGAAAUUCUAAGAUAUCUAGUUUGCAACGUUUGUCAGAAUAAAUUUCAAACCAUGGAGCAAUUGCUCGAACAUCGAUAUACUUCCUAUCAUUUCUUUCCACGCCUUAACAAACGCUUGGGAAUUUUGCAACUCCCUUGCGAAUACUGUAAUACGGUUUUUAAUACAAUUCACGAUUGUUUAGCCCACUACGAUGGAAAACAUAAAAAAGAACUAAAGAAAAGGAAUGCUGGCUCAAUAACAACCAACAAAACCUACCUUUAUUUAUGUUACAUUUGCGGUAAAUCAUAUACACAGUCUAGCCAUUUGAAUCAACAUUUGAGAUUUCACGAAGGGAUCAAACCGUUUGAAUGUCCACAAACUGAUUGCACACGAAAAUUCACCAUUCGUGCUGAUUUAAAGGAUCAUAUACGCAAGUGUCAUACGGGCGAAAGACCCUAUAAGUGCCUGAUUUGUGGCAACAGUUUCAUGACUGGUUCUGUGUUUUAUCAACACCGCCUUAUACAUCGUGGCGAACAUCGACACGAAUGUGAAUUAUGUGGCAAAAGAUUUUUUCGCGCCGAUGGUUUGAAAACUCACCAUCGAAUUCAUACGGGCGAGAAACCAUAUGGCUGUCAAUUCUGUACGCAAGCUUUUCGUCAACGUGGUGAUCGUGAUAAACAUAUUAAAGUUAGACACUCGUAUUUGAGUGCAAAUGUCAAACAAUUCUUGCAUUUGCAAAAAUUAGAAAUUGAAAAGUCAACAGCUGCUAAACAAAAUCAUAACGCAAAGGAUUCAAAAAUGGAAAAACCUUCGACAUCAAAAUUUGGCAAAACUUUGGCAAAUUAGUAUAUUGAUGAAGGCGCAAACGCGAACAAAGAAGAAAAUAUUAUUAAUAAUGGUAAUUACACUUUGCCCAAGGCCAUGUCCGAGUAAUGUAUGCCAAACCUAGGUGAAGCAUAGUAUACCGUCUCAGGAACACAACUGGAAUACAUAUUCUUAUUUGUUUACUGUUAUAAAACAUUUUUCUAUUUAUUCGUAUUUCAAAAAAAAAAUAUUGCAACUGCUUAACUAAAAUGUUGCAAUAUAGCCAUAAGUAAAACCAAGGCCGCGGCUUUCGGAUCUAUUAAAAAAAUAUUUUUCCCUAAUAAUUCACAUGCAUUUGAACAUGUCUCUAGCAAUGAGUUUGU